ACACCCAGAGCAACCUCUCAAUCCACAGCUGGGAGUGAGGGCGACACAGGUGGGAGAGCAACCCCAGCAGAGACCCCAGACCAUGCUGUGCCCCACCUCACCUCACCUAGCCCUCCUGGCCCUGCUCUCCGUGGCUGGCGCUGUGGGUCUGGGGGAGCCAUGCCCGUCCGAGAUGAACCUGAUCAAGGACCGACUGCUGGUCAAUUGCUCCGGAAAGGGGCUCAGCGUGGUGCCACUUGCCCUGCCCAGGAACACCGGCAUCCUGCUGCUCAGCUCCAACCGCCUGGCGUCCGUCUCCACUGCCUCCUUCCAGCACCUCCCUGAGCUGGCUGAGCUGGACCUGUCAGGCAACGCACUGGGUGCGCUGCACACUGGACCCCCCCUGCCCUUGCUGCAGGAGCUGGUCCUGUCCCACAAUGCCCUGGGGGUGCUGCCCACACUGCAGGGCCUGCCUGCCCUCACCCGCCUGGCCCUGGCUCACAACAACAUUUCAGGGCUGCUGCCAGGGGCCUUCCGGGAUUUUCAGAGCUAG